AAAGAUCCCAAUGACAAAGGGAGAAUUCAAUCCAGCCUAGAUUUACAGUUACUAAUGCUGUACAGCACCCCGAUUUUCCCAAGAGCCAUUUGCUUCCCGUUGUUCAGAGUAUGGGAUCCCUUACUGUGGGUUAGUCUGGUAAGGCAGUUUCAGCACGGCGGUAUUUCUGUUCAGAAAGAGGGGGGCGGGGUGAGUGUGGGAGGAGGAGCUCUCAGAGGGGACCGGUCAGAGGACUUGGGAGUUCUGGGAGUUCUGGGAGGGCAGAAGAUCUUUUUUGCAAUAGCGGGAAGGACUUAGGAAAGAGGAUCAGGGAGUCCUGAAGUCCAGGUCCUGUGUGUGACUGGUGGAAAGGGCUCAACCAUCCUGGGAGAUGGCUGGGGCGGGGCCUCUAAGGGAUCAGGAAGACCCUCCCAGACUGGGCUGUCCAGAAGCAGGAAGUCUGAGCUGGGAUAACUCUGUCUUCCCUCCCCUUUUGCCUUCCGUGCUGCAGGAACUGCUCUACCUUCCCUGGGAGCUUUGAUCUCUCCCGGUUUUUCUUCUGAGCUCGGGUCUCUCCCUGUUUUUCCCUGGGAGCUUCUCCGGUCUUUCCCCGUUUUUCCCUGGGAGCCCCUUCCGGUCUCUUCCUGUUUUUCCCUGUGUGGUCGGGUCAUUCCCUUCACCAAUCCCCCCUCUCCCCUCCCCCCGCUCAGAUCUUUCCCCUUUUCCCCGGGAGCUCCGUUCUCUCCCCUUUAACCCCUGGAGUUCAGAUCUCUCCUCUUUUACCCCGGGAGAUCAGAUCUCUCCCCCAUUUUUUUCCCUUGGAGCUGGGAUCAUUCGGCAUUCCUGCACCCAAGCCUGUGCUUGCAGCUCCCAGGGAGCCUGGAGGCAAAGGGAAUGGGCCUUGGGAGCCUCGGACCCCCUCAGGAGGUUGUGACAUUCAAGGAUGUGGCUGUGGACUUCACCCAAGAGGAGUGGGGGCUCUUGGACCCCUCUCAGAAGGAGCUGUACAAGGAGGUCAUGGUGGAGAAUGCCCGGAACCUGCUCUCCCUAGGGCUUCCAGUUCCCAAAGAAGAGGUGAUCUCUUAUUUUGGGCAAAAGGAAGCACUCCAGAUGCUGGACCAAGAAGGCCUGAGGAGAUGCUCUCCAGGAAAAGAAGAGAUCAGACUUGAAAUAAAGGAAACUUCUGCAAAGCUAAGCACUUCUGUAGUACGAAUUCACAAGCAAAGAUUCACGAGUGAUAGUCCCUAUGACUUUACUUGGAGAGAAAUCUGUGCAACACAUGAGAGAAUCCAACUUCGAGAGAGACAUUAUGAAUGUAAUCAAUGUGGAAAAAGUUUUAUAAAAAAAGAAAAUCUUAUUGUACAUCAGAGAAUCCACACUGGAGAGAAGCUUUAUGAAUGUCACCAAUGUGGCAAGGAUUUUAGUCAAAGAAAAGAUUUUACUAGACAUCAGAAAAUUCACACCGGAGAGAAACCUUAUGAACGUAACCGUUGCAAAAAGGUAUUUAGUCAAAAGAAAGCUCUUACUAAACAUCAGAAAUUCCACAUUGGAGAGAAAUCUUAUGAAUGUAGUCAGUGUGAGAAGGGUUUUAUAUAUAAGGGAGUUUUUAUCUUACAUCAGAAAAUCCAUACUGGAGAGAAACCUUAUGAAUGUAAACAAUGUGGAAAGGCUUUUAGAAAAAAGGAACGACUUACAUAUCAUCAGAGAAUCCACACUGGAGAGAAACCUUAUGAAUGUAAACAAUGUGGAAAAGCUUUCAGGGAAAAGGGAACUCUUAGUACACAUCAGAGAAUCCACACUGGAGAGAAACCUUAUAAAUGUAACCAGUGUGGAUUGACUUUUAGACAUAAGCAAAGUCUUACUACACAUCAGAGAAUCCACACUGGAGAGAAGCCUUAUGAAUGUAACCAGUGUGGAAAGGCUUUUAAAAAUAGAGAAACUUUUAGUACACAUCAGAGAAUCCACACUGGAGAGAAGCCUUAUGAAUGUAACCAGUGUGGAAAGGCUUUUAAAAAUAGAGGAACUCUUAGUACACAUCAGAAAAUCCACACAGAAGAGAAACCUUAUGAAUGUAACCAGUGUGGAAAAACUUUAAGGUAUAAAAAGUCUCUUAUUGAGCAUCAAAGAAUUCACACUGGAGAGAAACCUUAUGAAUGUAAGAGAUGUGGAAAGGAAUUUAGUCAAAGGAAAGCUCUCACUAGACAUCAGAGAAUCCACACUGGAGAGAAACCUUAUGAAUGUAAACAAUGUGGAAAGACUUUUAGACAUAAGGAACGUCUUACUACACAUCAGAGAAUCCACACUGGAGAAAAGCCUUAUGAAUGUAACCAAUGUGGAAAGGCUUUUACACAAAGGGGUGGUCUUACUGUACAUCAAAGAACCCACACUGGAGAGAAACCUUAUGAAUGUAACCAAUGUGGGAAGACUUUUAGAUAUAAGAAAACUCUUAUUGAGCAUCAGAGAAUUCACACAGGAGAGAAACCUUAUGAAUGUAAUCAGUGUGGGAAGGCUUAUACAAAUAAAAGAAUUCUUACUAGACACCAGAGAAUCCACAAUGGAGAGAAACCUUAUGAAUGUAACCAAUGUGGAAAGGGUUUUAGAGAAAAAGGAUCUCUUGUUAUGCAUCAGAGAAUCCACACUGGAGUGAAACCUUAUGAAUGUAACCAAUGUGGAAAGGCUUUUAGACAAAAGGGAGCUCUUGUUGGACAUCAGAGAAUCCAUACUGGAGAGAAACCUUAUGACUGUAACCAAUGUGGAAAGGCUUUUAGAGAAAAGGGAGAUCUUAUUGUACAUCAGAGAAUCCACACUGGAGAGAAACCUUAUGAAUGUAACCAGUGUGGAAAGGCUUUUAGAGAAAAGGGAACCCUUAUUGGACAUCAGAGAAUCCACACUGGAGAGAAACCUUAUGAAUGUAACCAGUGUGGAAAGGCUUUUAGAGAAAAGGGAACCCUUAUUGGACAUCAGAGAAUCCACACUAGAGGGAAACCUUAUGAAUGUAACCAAUGAGGAAAGACUUUUACAAAAAGGGAUGUUCUUACUCCACAUCGGAAAAUCUUUACUGGAAAGAAACUUUUUGAAUGUAACCAGUGUGGAAAGACUUGUAGAUAGAAAGGAACUCAUUGGACAUCCAAGAAUUCACUAAGCAAUGUGGAAAGUGUUUUUAAAAAGGAAGUUUUUGAGAGGAUGCCCAUCAAUUGAAGAAUGGUUGAAUAAGUUGUGGUAUAUGAACAUUAUGGAAUAUUAUUGUUCUAUAAAGAAUGAUCAGGAUCAUUUCAUAGAGACUUGGAGAAACUUAUAUGAACUGACGCUAAGUGAAAUGUGAUCAUUUGCCAUCUAGGGGAUUGGGUGGAGGGAAGGGAGGGGAAAAAUUUGGGGUUUCACAAGGAUGACUAUUGAAAAUUAUCCAUGUAUACAUUUUGAAAAUAAAAAGCUUUAAUUAAAAAAAAAGGGGGGGGUGUUUUUACUCUGUAUCAGAAAAUCUACACUGGAGAAAAGCCUUAUGAAUGUAAUAAAGGUAAAAAAAAAAAUUUAACAUAAGAGUUCUUUGUAUACACCAGAGAAUUCACACUGGAAAGAAA